UGCCCACCCCUACUCCCACCAUGCCUCACCUGUCCCAUCUUGGGGCCUCUAUCUUCCUCCUCCUCCUGGCCUUGAGCCUCCCGCUGCACCAGGCCAAGGUGGAGGAGAGGCUGAGGAGUCCAACCCAGGGAGCAUCAUCGCUGGAUGGGGCUAAUGUCAGCACCUUGUGCCAGGAGCCUCAGAGUGCCAGGAGGGAGUGUCCUGCCAGUGUGGCUACCCCAGAACCCCUCGGUGGGCGACAAGGUGGCUCGGGCCAUCGUGUACUUCGUAGCAAUGAUCUACAUGUUCCUGGGCAUGUCCAUCAUUGCCGACCGCUUCAUGGCCUCCAUUGAGGUCAUCACCUCGCAGAAGGAGAUCACUGUGAAGAAGGCCAAUGGUGAGACCAGCACCACCACCGUCCGCAUCUGGAAUGAGACCGUCUCCAACCUGACACUCAUGGCGCUGGGCUCCUCAGCGCCCGAGAUCAUGCUCUCCAUCAUUGAGAUCGUAGGCCACAACUUCCAGGCAGGCAACAUGGGGCCCAGCACCAUCGUGGGCAGUGCCGCCUUCAACAUGUUUGUCAUCAUCGCUGUGUGCGUGCACGUGGUGCCCGAGGGCGAGAAGCGCAGGAUCAAGCAUCUGCGCGUCUUCUUCGUCACGGCUGCCUGGAGCAUCUUCGCCUACAUCUGGCUCUACCUCAUCCUGGCUUGCUUCUCUCCCGGUGAAGUGGAGGUGUGGGAAGGCCUGCUUACUUUCCUCUUCUUCCCCAUCUGCGUGGUGCAGGCCUGGCUGGCCGACCGCCGCCUCCUCUUCUACAGGUACGUGCAGAAGAAGUACCGCGCCGACAAGGCCCGGGGCCUGAUCAUUGAGACAGAAGGCGAUGCAGCCCUCCCCAAGCUAGAGGUGGAGCUGGACAAUGCCCAGGCCAACGGGGUGGGUGAGGCAGGCAAGGACGGGGACGAGGAGGCCCGGCGUGACAUGGCGCGCACCCUGAGGGACCUGCGGCAGAAGCACCCAGAGAAGGACAUGGAGCAGCUGAUUGAGAUGGCGAACUACCACGUGCUGGUGCAGCAGCAAAAGAGCCGGGCCUUCUAUCGCAUCCAGGCUACCCGCAUGAUGAUCGGAGCAGGCAACAUCCUGAAGAAGCACGCAGCUGACCAGGCGCGCAAGGCGCUGAGUCUGCCGGAGCGCCCUGAGGAUGACGACUCGCUCACCAGGGUGACCUUCGAGCCGGCGCUCUACCAGUGCUUUGAGAACUGCGGCGCCGUGGUGCUGACAGUGGAGCGGCGCGGUGGCGACACGGCCCACAUGGCCGUGCGUGUGGAUUUCCGCACCGAGGACGGCACGGCCAAUGCCGGCUCGGACUAUGAGUAUGCCGAGGGCACGCUGCUCUUCAAGCCGGGCGAGACGCAGCGCGAGAUCCGCGUGGGCAUCAUCGACGAUGACAUCUUCGAGGAGGACGAGUACUUCCGCGUGCACCUCAGCAACGUGCAGGCUGCCUGGGCUGAGCCAGGCGCUGAGCCGCCCCAAGCCUGCCUGGGCCCUGCUGCCACUGCCACCGUCACCAUCUUCGAUGACGAUCAUGCUGGCAUCUUCACCUUUGAGGGCACCUCGGUGCGGGUCAGCGAGAGCGUGGGGGCUGUGCGGUGGUACCGCAAAGGCUGGUGA